UGUGUCUUCUAUUUCUACUGUCCUCCUAUGUGAUGUGUCUUCUAUUUCUACUGUCCUCCUAUGCGAUGUGUCUUCUAUUUCUACUGUCCUCCUAUGUGAUGUGUCUUCUAUUUCUACUGUCCUCCUAUGUGAUGUGUCUUCUAUUUCUACUGUCCUCCUAUGUGAUGUGUCUUCUAUUUCUACUGUCCUCCUAUGUGAUGUGUCUUCUAUUUCUACUGUCCUCCUAUGUGAUGUGUCUUCUAUUUCUACUGUCCUCCUAUGUGAUGUGUCUUCUAUUUCUACUGUCCUCCUAUGUGAUGUGUCUUCUAUUUCUACUGUCCUCCUAUGUGAUGUGUCUUCUAUUUCUACUGUCCUCCUAUGUGAUGUGUCUUCUAUUUCUACUGUCCUCCUAUGUGAUGUGUCUUCUAUUUCUACUGUCCUCCUAUGUGAUGUGUCUUCUAUUUCUACUGUCCUCCUAUGUGAUGUGUCUUCUAUUUACAUUUACAUUUAAGUCAUUUAGCAGACGCUCUUAUCCAGAGCGACUUACAAAUUGGUGCAUUCACCUUAUGACAUCCAGUAGAACAGUCACUGUCACUAUUUCUACUGUCCUCCUAUGUGAUGUGUCUUCUAUUUCUACUGUCCUCCUAUGUGAUGUGUCUUCUAUUUCUACUGUCCUCCUAUGUGAUGUGUUUCUACUGGAGAGAAACCGCUGUAUCAGGCUGGACUACAUGGACCCCAGGUCUGGUUCCUGGGACUGGAGAGAAACCACUGUAUCAGGCUGGACUACAUGGACCCCAGGUCUGGUUCCUGGGACUGGAGAGAAACCACUGUAUCAGGCUGGACUACAUGGACCCAGGUCUGGUUCCUGGGACUGGAGAGAAACCACUGUAUCAGGCUGGACUACAUGGACCCCAGGUCUGGUUCCUGGGACUGGAGAGAAACCACUGUAUCAGGCUGGACUACAUGGACCCCAGGUCUGGUUCCUGGGACUGGAGAGAAACCACUGUAUCAGGCUGGACUACAUGGACCCAGGUCUGGUUCCUGGGACUGGAGAGAAACCACUGUAUCAGGCUGGACUACAUGGACCCAGGUCUGGUUCCUGGGACUACAUGGACCCAGGUCUGGUUCCUGGGACUACAUGGACCCAGGUCUGGUUCCUGGGACUGGAGAGAAACCACUGUAUCAGGCUGGACUACAUGGACCCCAGGUCUGGUUCCUGGGACUGGAGAGAAACCACUGUAUCAGGCUGGACUACAUGGACCCCAGGUCUGGUUCCUGGGACUGGAGAGAAACCACUGUAUCAGGCUGGACUACAUGGACCCAGGUCUGGUUCCUGGGACUGGAGAGAAACCACUGUAUCAGGCUGGACUACAUGGACCCCAGGUCUGGUUCCUGGGACUGGAGAGAAACCACUGUAUCAGGCUGGACUACAUGGACCCCAGGUCUGGUUCCUGGGACUGGAGAGAAACCACUGUAUCAGGCUGGACUACAUGGACCCCAGGUCUGGUUCCUGGGACUGGAGAGAAACCACUGUAUCAGGCUGGACUACAUGGACCCCAGGUCUGGUUCCUGGGACUGGAGAGAAACCACUGUAUCAGGCUGGACUACAUGUUCUAUUGCACCGUGUCUAGACCGUUCCAUCAUUUGAAAACCAUACCAAGUUGAAAAUGUGUUUCAAAUUCAUUGUACACGAUAGUUUACGUUAGUUUAGAUUGGGGAUGAUUUACAAGGGGUUGUUGCAGUGGUAUGCUGGAUUACCAAAUUGAAUAUAUAAAAAAAACAUUUUUAAGAAAUACGAUGAGAUUGAGGUUUGGGUUACAUUUUCUUCCAUGAAUGAGUCAUCCCCUGCUCCUUUCUCUCCAUUUCUCUCUCCAUUUCUCUCUCCAUUUCUCUCUCUCUGU